AUGUCUCUGCCAAUCCCACCAAAUGAAGCCUAUCUGUAUGCCUUCGAGAGCGAAGACGCAAAGCACCUACUGACAGCACCUGACGAAUUCAAGCCGACUCUAGCUCUCCUCAGCGACAGUCUGAAGCGUCUACGAUGUCUGUGUCAGACGCGGGACGAUCAAUCGGAAAAAGACACGGAGAUCAAUCAGAAGAAUGCAAAUGGGUCUCCGCCAGGUUCCAACAGCGAUGAUGCUACAAGACCGAGCUCCGGUGUCGAUGUCGCGAACCUGCAUCCGAUCCGGCACGAGCGAUCGUCUCUGUCCUAUCUGUGA